AUGAAGAUUUUCAAUUUGAGCACUCAGCAACAGGAACAUCGUCAGGAGCAUCAAGUUUCCGAUAUGGACGCUUUUGCUGUGAAGGAAAACAACUCAGAUGAUACUAGCACAAUGUCCACCGUUUCCGAGGGGAGCAACGGUAGUGAAAGUAAUGCUAUCACCUCUGCAAAAGCUGCCACCUCUCCGUCCAAGAGUGCACUGAGCGGGCUUUUAGACAGCUGUGACCUUCAGAAUGUUUACUACACUGUAGUGGGCGGCCAACGCAAUCGGGGCAAUAGUGACAACAAAGAAAAGACUAAUACGAAGGCAAAAGAAAGUGAUAAGUCGUCUAAAGUUUACAUGAAGAAGAAAAAGAAGAAGCAUGGCUCUCGAGCAAGUGGAAUUCAAAGAAAACAAAAGAGAUCCUCUUCAGAAGAUAGUAGUCAACGUCGUGCAGCUGCAGUUGUAUCAGAUGAAGAAGAAGAAGAAGAAGAAAAAGAGGCAGCACCAGAACUGAGUUUGGAAGAACUACGAUACCGGCUGCUAGCCACUUCCAGGAAACUAUUGCGCUCUCGAGGUUUCUCGAUUCGUCAGCAACUUCAGGAUCUUCUUAUGGAAGAAAGUGCGACUCUACUUCAAGCCCAGAUUCGUGGAUUGUUGGCUCGGACCGUGUAUCAAGAAUUGCUUGCGACUGAGAAAGAACGUCUUAGAGUCGAGAAAGAGCGCCGUCGAGCUCUCCGAGACCGGCUUGUGGCGGCCCAAGUUAUUCAAAUCUUUUACCGCAUGCGGUAUCAACGAAGGAGCGAGGCUGCUAGCUGCAUUCAGCGCCAUCUCGUGACCCGUACGGAAUACUACCGGAACUACCGGCUUGGGGCCUGUAUUAUGAUUCAAUCCGUUUUGAGACGAGCCCUCGUCCAAAUUCACAUGUCGAAGCGAUACCCAACAAUUUUUGUGCGACCAGAACCACCACAAAACAUGAUUCUGACUGAAAAGAGUGCCGCUGCAUUAAAAUUGCAAGCGGCAGUCCGCAGAUUCUUGGCAUACCGACAGUUUCAACGAGUCCGUCAAGGAGUGAUUGCCUUGCAAUCGGCAUCUCGUGGCUUGUCAACUCGCAACGAGCUCUUGCAUACGGAAUACGAUGAGCAAAAGGAUAACGAGCAGGUGCCCUCUGAGGUAACGGGAGAGGAUGACGAAUCUGAAUACGAGGACGAAGAUGAUGAUGACGACGAUGAUGAUUCCGAAGACGAUGCAGAGGAAGAAUCACUUGUUACGUAUGACGAUCUUCCUAUUGAAGAACUCGAUGACGAAGACCGGCAUAGAGAUGGUUGGUUUGAAGAACUUCUACAAGACAUUGUGGGCGACUUUGAAGAUACUUGGAAGGAAAUGACAGUUUCCACUCCAAGUGUUGGUAACAAAACAAACAAAACAAAGUCGAACGGCUCGAGAAAACUGAAGUCGAGUAGACAAAGAGGCAAGCGAUAG